GGUUUCGGCGUAAGUUUGACCUUGAAAGGAUAAAGAGGAAAGUUCUACCCUAGUUUUGUUUCUUUCUAACAGUGUCGCCACACAUAGCGCAAUAUAUCCCCAAAUUGAUUAGUUAUUUUUACAAUAUUACCAUAUAAUUGGUAAUCCAUGUUUAUAGUAAUAUAACCUUACAAAACAUUCGCAUAACCUCAUUUAUUCGUUUCUGUCAUCAUUAUUUCCUGGCCUUUUCUAGUUUUCUCAUUGCAUAUUUCCAUUUAUCUUUCACGUUCCACCUUUGAUUAUUUUAUUUCCUUUUGCAUUUUUUGAAUACCCUGUCUUUAACCUUUAUACCAAACAGUUUUUUUUUAAACUAAACUGUACACAAUCCUUCUUGCUCAAUGGAUCAACCAUCGAUUUCCCUAUUACCAGAAGAUGUUCCUGGUGCUGUUUUACGCCAUGGUGUAAAUAUUGAGGACCAUUCUAACCUGGAGUUGCAAAGGUGGUUAGAGUGUCGUGCAUUAAAGAAAACAGGAAAUAAAACUGAUUUAGUGCAAAGGGUUGUAAACUGUAUUGAAGCGGGACGCAGUAAUAGUAUUUCCCUAGCUAUUGAUGGAGGCAAAUGGUACGAUAUGAAACGGAACGUUGUUGUAACUGCUUCCACUUCAACUGCUGCAUCAGGUCCUGCAUCUGAUGAGACUCUUCUGUGGGCAAGAUUCCCAUCUCGUGAAAUCCCCCAAUAUUUCAACAAGGGCCACAUCUAUACCUAUCUUGUGGGAUGCUUCUUUGAAAAUGAAGAUUAUGUCAGCAACAAUACAGGUGUAACAGAAAAACCGUUUCGACGUGGCAGCCAGUUUGUAAGCAGCGAUCACUUGCACGAAGUGUUUGACAGCAGUGAUAACCGAUUUUACCUUUUAAAAGCAAAGUGUUUUGCAUCAUUUAAUAAGAAUAAAUUGUACUCUGUAGUGAUAACUUUAAACAAAGCAUCGGGAGCUGUAGUUAAUGGUAGAUGCGAGUGUAAACAAUCUGCGUUAGGUAAAUGUAGCCACGUAAGCGCUCUUUUGCUGUUCCUGGAGAAGUUUUGCGGAGAAAACGGCCACGAUAACACUGCAUGCACCAGCAAGUUAAGGCAGUGGGGUUUGGGUGCUAAACUGAAAAAACCUGGACCUAUUUCCCAAAAGAAGUACGGCAAUGUGAGAUUCGAACCAAUUCGCAGGGCAACGUUCGAUCCAAGACCAGACAACUAUGAAAGAACUGUCAAUAUAAACAAUUUUAUUUGCGAUUUACAAAAAGAACGUCUUCCUACAAUGUUCGAAACUUUAUUCCAACUACGUUAUGAUGACUUCAAAUUGGACCAAAGUAGUGUAGAUAUCGUCAUACAACAAGUUCUAAUUUUCAAGAAGAAUAUGGAUCAGGAACUUAUAAAACAAAAGAACAUCUUUUCUGUAGAAGGUGCCGAAAUUCAGCAUUCGUUGGGUUGGUUUAGAUGGAGAAGCUACUUUAUCACAGCAUCGAAUGCAAAGACCGCUUCAUCCCUAGUGAGUCUUUCCGCAAAAAACAAUUAUUUAAAAAGAAAUCUAUGGCAAUUAACACCAAAUUUAUUGACGGCAGCAAUGAGAUACGGUCAAGUUAAUGAGGCGAAGGCAAGGGACAAGUAUGUAGCCGAUCACAUUCAACCAAAUGAACAAUUUGUGCAAGUAGGGCUGUAUAUGAACAAGAAAUACCCUCACCUAGCGUGUAGUGCUGAUGGAGUUGUGACAACCAACGGAGUGAUCACAAGAGUCAUAGAAAUCAAAUGCCCUAAAGUGCUCGAAGACAAAGAUCCAUGUCAGUGGAACAGUGUGUUAACAGGUCAACAACAGAGCAACUUUUUCGCGUAUGAGGAAAAUAAUAAAGUGUUUUUAAAAGCGAACCAUCCAUAUAAUUAUCAGGUUGCUACAACAAUGUUAAUUUUUGAAGUUCCCGAAUGUGAUUUUGUUGUGUGGUCAAGUGUAGGUCUCCUAGUUUUUAAGGUACAAUUAUCUGAUAUCUCUAGGCAUGUUAUUGACGACAUAACUAAAAAGCUUAAAAAAAUGUAUUAUAAUAUGUACAUUCCAGAAUUAUUUUUAAUGCGAAUUCCGAGGAACUUACCAUUAUUUGAGUUGGACUACUUUCAAGAAUAAUGUAUACUAUACUAUAUUUUGUGCUCUUUGUUAUAAUUACAUACAUAAUGUUAUAAUAAAAUUAUGUUAAAACUGGUUUUUCAAAGUUUACCAAAAAACAAAUUAUACUAAAUAUAUUGGACAUAAUGGGUAACAUUGAAAUUUGCACUGGCUUUGCUAAAAUUUGGUAGCUUUUUAUUCGUCUGAUGGAGCGCUCUACAGUAAUACGACACUUUGCAAUUUUCUUUGUUAGUAUUUCUUCUUCCGCUGUUAAUCUUGUCCUGCCAGCCAAGAAAGGUGGAAUGAUUAAUUUAUAUUUGUGCUCAUCACAAAUGUCUUGAAUGGUAAAACCACGAUCUGCCAUAAGCACAUCGUCUUCUUCCAAAAAUACAGAAAUGUCUGACGACUUAAAUAGUUCGAUGUCCGAAAUGGACCCCUCGUAACCCUCACUGUUGUAUACAACUGCCCCUCUUGAAGACACUCCCACUAAAAACUUGAUCGUAUUGUAGUGCUUGUAGCUGGAAUGGGUGUUUCCUUGUUGCUGAAAAUUUUUGGACAUCUGCAUCCGGACUUCAGUGGUAUCCAGAACUACGGUCACUUUGUCAUUAAGUAGGCGAAAACAAGCAGGCAUGUGUCUUAUAUCAGUGGCACGAGCACCUUUCAUGAAAGCAUUGCGCAGAACACACGUUUGUAAAUAAACAAAUUGCACCCACGUAUAAAAUAUUGCCGACACUUGGGUGACACUCAUGUUAUAAAAUAUAGAUAAUUCUUUCAGUGUAUAACCUCUUCUUAAACGAAUUAGCACUAAACACAGUUUAUCUUUGUUGGACAGUUGCAUACAUUUGGUUCUUAGUGCAUAACUUUUAUGAUUGUACAUUAAUUUUGACAUUACAUUUUCAUCCAAGAAAUUAAAUAACGCCUCAAACAGUGGUAACGUCAAUCCAGUGAAAUAGUGAAAAUUCUUGCUGUGCUGGAAUUCUGAGAACAAGAAACAAUUUUGAAACUGCUUCAACUUCGACACAUUUUUGCACUUCACAUCCACGGGUUCUGAAGCUGUUUGGGUGGCAGUAUGAUGAUAGUUGCUAGUUGAUCGUUUAGUGUAUGUGUGAUCACUGUGAUCUCCACUUCCAACAUUUAC